AGAAGCGCGACGACUAAGUUCGAUUUUGUGGGGAGUGUUAGGAAAUCCAAAGUGUGUAUACUAAAAUAUAUGCUAUCCAACACGUUUCCCCCGCAAAAGAGAACGAAGAGUGAAUUUACCAUUUGUAGCACGCAGGCGCUUCUACACAAUACAAAAUACAUAUAUUUAUAUAUCGGUGUGUCUCAGCUAAAAAGAGAGUUUUCAGCCAUUGGAAAAUAUCUCUUGGUUUUUCUCAUCAAUUUGACGUUUUCCACUGGUAUUAUCACACACACCAUCAACGAAAAACUAUCAAAAUGGGAAAUGAAAGCUCCCUGCCCAUGGAACUGUGUUCGAACUUCGACGCGGAUGAAAUUAGGAGGCUGGGUAAACGUUUCAGAAAAUUAGAUUUGGAUAACAGUGGCGCCCUGAGUAUCGAUGAAUUUAUGUCCCUACCGGAGCUCCAACAAAAUCCAUUAGUCCAGCGAGUGAUAGACAUAUUUGACGCGGAUGGCAAUGGCGAGGUAGACUUCAAGGAAUUCAUUCAAGGAGUAUCACAAUUCAGUGUCAAGUCUUCUGCCCAGGGCGACAAGGAGAGCAAAUUAAGAUUCGCUUUUAGAAUUUAUGAUAUGGAUAACGACGGUUUUAUAAGCAACGGCGAACUCUUUCAAGUACUCAAAAUGAUGGUAGGGAACAAUCUUAAGGAUACUCAAUUGCAGCAAAUUGUUGAUAAGACCAUAUUAUUCGCCGACAAAGAUGAGGAUGGUCAAAUAAGCUUUGAAGAAUUUUGUUCUGUGGUCGGCAACACGGAUAUUCACAAGAAGAUGGUAGUCGACGUGUAAUUAAUCAAAUUCUUUAAGCAUGUAAAAAAAAGCGUGAGAGAGAAAAAAACAGCAAAUGCGCCGUUCAACGACGUCCGAGCGGUAAUUUAAACUUCGACUUCAUAAACACAUUACUAGAAGAUAAGAAAUGCUAUAGAUUCACUGAAUAGUUUUAAGAAAAACGAAGAUCUGUUUAGGUAAAAAAUUUCUCAAGAUCUUGGAAUCGAAUAAGCAAGAACGGAACAAAAGAAAUUAAGAAAAAAGGAUUUUAAUCGAUGUUUGUGGUCGCCACUUUCGUUACAACUACAGCACAAAAAUUUUUCUCUGAUCGUCUUAUUCUUCGUAGCGUGUGCGCAGUUUCGCUGAAUACUGCCCCUUUCCUAACAACAAAAAGAGAAGAAAAACAGCAAACAAGUGGUUUCUCCAUGUUUCUCCUUUCCACAUCUCUCUUUAUAUAAACCCUGUUGCUUAUUUAUUAUUUAUUCCACGUGAGAAUAUUCGGGAUGAUACUGAACUAGGUACUGUUCAUAUUAUUAUUAUUAUUAUUAUUAUUUCUUUUUUAUAGUUUAUAAUUCGUUAUUACAUUUUUUUUCAUGCAACAACAUGUAAAACAACAGGACUGAAGAGCAAAUGCCUGUAAAAGAUUUUCUUUCUCUUCCCUUCGAUGAGAUUUAGUUGGAUAAUUAUUGUUUUUUGAUCAUCUCAUUCGAUUAUCGAGAAUAUAAUGCUCGUUAGAAAUAAACAGAAGAUAAAGGCGAAACGCAAUGAAAGAUGUGAGUAUCGGUUCGAGGCGUUGAACAAAGUGAAUCGAGCGUAGUCUGCAAUGUUCACCACGUGCAAUUUCCAAUUACAUUCGUCAUUUAUAAUAAACGUUUGCCGUAUUUUUCGCAUCGCUUGAAACUUUGUAUUUUUCCGAUUUUAAAUGAUCAAUAUUUUGGCUGCAAAAUUCGAGUAAUUGAAUCCCUUCUUAGUGAAUAAUGUAUACCGAAGAAUUUAUUCCGUUCCGUACUUUAACGGGAGCGUUAACUUUUCCAUACAUUUUUUUUCUUCGAUGAUCGAGAUAUCAUUGUAAAUGAUUCCGUGAAUGUGUGUGCGUGUGAGAGUGUAAUUCCCUUAUUUUUCUCGUUCUUUCGAAACGUCACGCUAAUUCAGCAUCGUCAGAUGUCAUUGCGCAUACGAAAGUGAUAUUGAUAUUUCACGACUAAAAUUCAAACAAUAGGGAAAUUCAAUAAAACCCAAAAAAAAAUCAACAAAUUCCCCUCCCCCAAAAAAAAAAAAAAAAAGAACAAGAAAUUGCGUGCUAGAAUUGCAGAGUAUUUUAAUUAAGCCACAAAUAUCCGAGCUCCGUUUUUUUAAAUAAUUAAAAAAUUUGAGACCCUUGGAUAUUGUGCUGGCAAACAAUAUAAAAAUAUACAUUUUAACGACCGAGAUUCGGAUCCACCCUUCACAUUAUCGAAAAGCAAAAGACUGAAAUAUUAAACGAGACCUCUGCAACUUU